CCCUCUCUCUCUCCAUCGAGCAUCGGCACCUCACUGAGCUCAGCUGCUUCAUAUCCAGAGAAGAAGAGCGGUGAUAAACGGAGUGAUGUCUGUCGCAGGCUUGAAGAAGCAGUUUCAUAAAGCUACCCAGAAGGUCAGCGAGAAGGUGGGAGGAGCCGAAGGAACCAAGUUAGACGAUGACUUCAAAGAAAUGGAAAAGAAGGUGGACGUCACCAGCAGAGCGAUUCUGGACAUCAUGACCAAAACCACAGAAUACCUCCAACCUAACCCAGCUUCCAGAGCAAAGCUGAGUAUGUCCAACACCAUGUCCAGGAUCCGCGGGCAGGAGAGAGGACCAGGUUACCCGCAGGCGGAGAGCGUCCUGGGCGACGCCAUGUUGAGGUUUGGACGGGAGUUAGGAGAGGAGUCCUGCUUCGGCCUGGCGCUGGUGGACGCUGGAGAGUCGAUGAAGGAGCUCGGGGAGGUGAAGGACGCUCUGGACAUGGAGGUCAAACAGAACUUCAUCGACCCACUGCAGAACCUCCACGACAAAGAUCUCAGAGAGAUUCAGCAUCAUCUGAAGAAGAUGGAGGGCCGCCGGCUUGACUUCGACUACAAGAAGAAGCGUCAGGGGAAAGUUCUGGACGAGGAACUCAAACAGGCGCUGGAGAAAUUUGACGAGAGCAAAGAGGUCGCAGAGCAGAGCAUGUUCAACCUGUUGGAGAGCGACAUAGAGCAGGUGAGCCAGCUGGCUGCUCUGGUCCAGGCCCAGUUGGAGUAUCACAGCCGAGCAGCAGAGAUCCUACAGCAGCUCUCCAGGAAGAUGGAGGACAGGAUCAAAGAAGUGUCCGGUAGACCCAGGAAGGAGUACACACCCAAACCCCGGCUGACCCUGGAGCUACUGCCCCCCAGUCAGGGCCACAACGGGGGGGUCCACUCCACCAAAUCCCCCAGAAGGUCCCCAGCGCCCAUGGACCAGCCCUGCUGCCGAGCUCUGUACGACUUCGAGCCGGAGAACGAGGGCGAGCUGGGCUUCAAGGAGGGCGACGCCAUCACCCUGACCAAUCAGAUCGACGACAACUGGUACGAAGGCAUGAUCCACGGCCAGUCGGGCUUCUUCCCCAUCAACUACGUGGACAUCCUGGUGCCGCUCCCUCAUUAGGGCAGGGACCUGCCCCCCCACCUCCACUUAACCAAUCCAGGACAAGCCGGCCUGUAUUUGCAUAAUAGACAAACCACGCCCUCCCUCUACUUCUUCUUCUGUGCUUCUGUGCCAUUCUGCUUUCACAAAGUGGACCGAGCCGAGGGAGGAGCCUGAGG